ACAAGGUUCAGGGAUACAGUCUGCAGUCGUUCCACUGAUUCAUUUGGUGAAUGAUGUACAAGUAGCAGGAAUUGCGUGAUACAUUAUCACAUAAAAACGUGUUUUUUAUCAAACUCUUCAAUUUUUUUCUAUUAAAAUUGUGUGAUAGUUUAUUCAUGGGCAAUGUGAGGAAAAUCAAUAAGUCCAACAGCAGAUAAAAUAUAACAAAGGUUUUGGUCGGGAGUACAUUUGAUAGUUUCUUUUUCAAAUCAAAAGUAUAAAAAGUAAAUUCUCAAAUAAAAUAUGGAACAGAAUUUAUGAAAAUACUGAUUCAUGAGUUCGCAAUAUCUAAAAAUAAACAUACGUAAUACUCUUCAGAUUCUUCGUUAGUCAACACCUCAGAUGCUAACAUAAUUACCAUUCCAAUAUACAACGUACUCUUAAUUCUACAUAGUUUUCAUUUAUCGUCAGUGCAUACUCUGAUUUUAAAAAAGGUUAAAAAGAAAAAAUUUUGAAUCAUAUAUUAUCGGGAACAAAGAUUCAAAAUUUGCACUCCUGGACCGGCGCUUGUUAGUAUCAAUUGACAACAAGAACUAUUUCGUUUCUGAUAAUCAUACACUUCAGGUAUAUGUGUGGUUCACAAUUGUAUGAAUCACAUAAAAAGCAAGUAUGAACGCGAGUGAUCAACCCAGUAUGGGCCUUUGCGUCAAACUGCCAUUGCCGCAGGCAGAACUGCAAGAAUUAAUAGAUAAAGCCAAAGAUUGGUCGCUUAUGAAUGGAGCCUGCAUGCGAUCGAAGAAGAAUUUCAACAGAGAUACUCUGCAGUUUGCUCCAUUUAUUCUUAUACCGUCAUCAUUUCCAAGGACAGAAUUUAAUCGAGCUUGUGAAAUUCAAAUAAUAUUAAAUGAACUCAUGCACAGGGUUGCCCAUGACUAUGAAUUCCUGAAAGAAACCCUCAAAGAAACAAUCAAAGUCGAUACUUUUACCCGGAAAUUGUUUGAUAUUUAUGAAACGGUCCACAGCGAGGGAUUCACUCAGAAAGUAUCUUUAGGAAUGUUAAGGUCCGAUCUAAUGCUUGACACCAGUUGCCCUAAAGAACGCGGCUGCUCACAAAAUCACAAGCCAUAUUGUUGUUGGAAACAAGUAGAAAUAAAUACGAUCGCAUCAGGAUUUGGAUGGCUUGGUCCUGCCGCUACAAAAUUGCACAAAUAUAUUCUACAGGAACUUGAUCGCACAAAUGAGCUAAAAAAUUUGCCCGACAAUAAUGCGCUCCAAGGACUAUGCACGGGAAUGAUUGACGCGUGGAAUAUUUACAAUGAUCCAAAAUCCGUUAUUUUAUUCAUCAUUGAAAACGUCACGUAUAACAUUUGCGAUCAGCGUUUUCACGAAUUUGAAAUCCGCAGACUUAAUCCAUCCAUUAAGGUAAUACGUAGAACACUGAGCGAGCUAGCUGUUGAAGCACGUCUCGGUCCCAAAAAAGAGCUGAUUGUUGGAGAACAAACCGUCGCCGUUGUCUACUUCAGAUGUGGCUAUGAACCGAGUCAAUAUCCCACUGAGAAAGAGUGGGAUGUAAGAUUACUUAUAGAAAGAUCUUUAACAAUCAAAUCCCCAUCGAUUCAAUAUCAUCUAGCUGGUGCAAAAAAAGUCCAACAAGCCCUGGCCAAGCCUGGAGUUCUCGCCAGAUUUCUGAAGGACGAGGAGACAGUUCAGCAAAUCAGAGGAAUAUUCACUGGUCUUUAUGCUUUGGAUUUUGAUGAACACGGGGAAAAUGCAAUAGACAUGGGGAUAGCAAAUCCUGAACGCUUUGUUUUGAAACCGCAGCGAGAAGGUGGUGGAAAUAAUGUUUAUGGAAAUAACAUAAAAACCGCACUAGAAUCCAUGAAGGACCAGCAAGAGAGAUCGGCAUGGAUCUUGAUGGAUAGAAUCCAACCACCGUUGCAAAGAAACUAUCAAAUACGAGCAGGAAGUGAUACAGAUACAGAAAUGAAGGAAGUCGUUUCGGAAUUGGGCAUAUUUGGUGUAUUGAUCGGCGAUGAAAAGAAUAUUAUCAUUAACAGACAAGUUGGUCACAUGCUUCGAACAAAAUUGGCCAGUGCUGAUGAAGGCGGGGUUGCGUCAGGAUUAGGGGCUUGUGAUAGUCCCUAUUUAACUGACUAGUUGAAAUGCACAUGUAAUACCAUCGUUGUUAAUUAUCACCUGAUUUUGUACUUAGCAGUCAAGAACUAAGAGAACAACUACUGAUGAAAAUCUGACAAAUGAUUGUAAUUUACGCCUAAAAAUUAUUUUAUACGAAGAAUAGGCUUAUUUAGCAUUUAAUGUGACAAUAACUCAUCCCUGUGCCACACAUUCUAUUUAUAUGAAUAUAUUUUCGAUGAUACUUUAUCCAACGCUUCCUAAGCAACCAAUUUUCGGAACUCGCCAGAGAAGUAUGGAGUAAUAAAAUAAUAUAUUUCUGGUCUAGUAAUCCAGAGUGAUCACUUGUACUACGUAUUAAGUUUAACCUACCAUCCUUUUCUUAGAUACGUCUAAAUUUACUUUAUGGUGUGAUAUUUUCUACUAUUACUUAUAGUCAUAUUGUAUAUUGGAAUAAGUCUUUAUGUUAUAUAAACAGGGGGAUAAAGUUCUGAGAACCCAUACGUCCAAUUAAUUUGAAAUUUUGUCACGAAUGUUAUAGUAAAAAUACCCGCAAAUAUGAAUUUCACGGUCAAAACUCACAAAAACUGAUUUAAAAAAAGUUUUUCUAUGUUAUUUCGAUAAGUGUUGAUCUUAGAAAAAAAUGUUUUCUACAAAAUUUGUAGCGUAUAAAAAGAUUGAUCUUAUACCUAUGUUCCAAACAGUUUUUGUUUGAAAUAAUUAUUUUCUCGUUCAGGAAAAUUAGGAUAAUGCUUCAAUAUGUACGUUAUUAUGCCUCUGUCAUAAGGAGACCCAACUUAUUCUAACCUUUGAUCUGCGAUGGUCACCAAUCCCAGUGGUAAAGUGCGUAAAUAGAAAAAAAAUCGAAACUAAUGGACUUUUGGCAAAACGUACUUAUUGGAGCAUUAUCCCAUUUUUUCCAAAAAAAAAGAUUUCAGACAAAAACUGUGUAGAACAUAAAAGAUCAGUCUUUUUAUAGGCUACAGCUUUUGUAGAAAUUUUUCUUUCUACGAUCACCGCGUAUCGGAAUAAAAUAGAGAAACUUUUUAAAAAUCAAUUUUUGUGAGUUUUGACCAUGAAAAUCAAAUUGGCGGGUAUUUUCACUAUCAUAUUCUGAUCAGUGAGCCAAAAUACAUGGGCAUUCGAAAUUCCAAAUUGAUCGGUAUGGGCUUUUCGGAACUAUACCAAAACAGGGUGCUGAACCAAAAAAUAAAGUAAAAUUCACAAUGUCACAUUUACCUAGUCUUUUUACACGUGUUAUUUAUAUCGCAAAAGCAGAAGAAUAAUAAAAGAAUUGCAACAGA